UCCUAUAGGCGCAGUUUAAAGUUGAAAGCAGCAGGAGAUCUUUUUCACGCUCUCUCCCACACAGAGCUAUAUUAUAUUAUUGGUAGGCCAGUCCGGUUGCAAAAAUUUUAGAACCGUCAGGCAGAGCUUCAACGACGUGAUCUUUCAAACCGAGUUUGUUUCCGAGCAAGUUCGCAUCGUAUAUAUGCAUCAAACUGGACAGUGAACUGUCAGAAGUGUUAGUGCGGUGGUUUCCUGCGAUAUUUUCAAUCAAUCCGGGGAGGAAAAAAUAAUUGAUCCGCUUUGUGCGCUGGUGAAGGAAAAAAACGCGUUCGUCAGCAUCGAAAAAUUGCCGUUCGGUGCCCUCUGUUGCACGGGUUGUGACCGUUUUUCGCCGUAACGAAAAGCGAUAUUUAUGGUGGCGAAGAAGGAAAAAUCAAUUACAUCAGAUUAGUGUGAAAAUUUCCAGCUACUUUGCAGAGGAAGGAAGCAGAGAGAAACAAAAAAUACGGCAAAAUAUAUUCUUGUUAGGCCAGUUUUAACUGAAAUGUUUAGACUGGUUCAUUCCUAGAGUAGACACACGAACCAGGACAAAUUCUGUGCGUUGGCUCGCUAGGUAAUCUACGUUGACUUGAAGCAUCCGGAAAUCCACAAGCAACCGAUUUGUGCUUGUGCUGGGUUGUUGCCACGAGCUAAAGUAUAUCCUGAUUGAAGCUAGUUAUCAUCUCUGCAGGAGCUCCCGUACCAUCCAUCCGGUGUAGUACAUAGUGUGCUGAGAAAUAAUAUCGAAAAAGAGUGAAGUAAAUAUCAUAGUGAAAAAGCCAGUUGGCAGUAGAGAUUUAUUGAUUGUGCUGUGAUAUCGGUAAAUAUACGUCCUCGAAUGGAAUAGAAGAGCCCACCCCGGAGGGCGUAUAAGUGGAACGAAAAAUACGUUCAGUUAGAGUAGCAGUAAGGAGCAGUGUUCGCUGUGAAUUGCUAACGACGUUUUCACAGUAGUUAGUGCGAAGCAGUGUGUGCAUCAAGCUUAUCGUGAGCAUUAGUGGCGACGAACAAAACGUAGGAGAACAAUAUUUCACAGCCCUCGAAGCGCGUCUGUGCUAGAAACGACGACGGUCCAGCGAGAAGAGUGAGUCUGCUCACGCUUGAUUUCGUCGGACGACUGAGGAACAAAAAACAGCUUCAAAAUUAGUUCCAGCAUGGCGUUCGCUGGUCUGAAGAAGCAGAUCAACAAAGCGAAUCAGUAUGUCACAGAGAAAAUGGGCGGUGCGGAAGGCACCAAACUGGACCUGGACUUCAUGGACAUGGAAAGAAAAACAGACGUCACCGUAGAGCUCGUCGAAGAGUUGCAAGCAAAAACAAAAGAAUACUUGCAACCAAAUCCGACGGCCAGAGCGAAGAUGGCGGCGGUCAAAGGUAUUUCUAAAUUAUCAGGUCAAGCUAAAAGUAAUACUUAUCCACAACCAGAAGGUAUAUUGGCCGACUGUAUGCUGACCUAUGGUAAAAAGCUUGGCGAUGAUAGUAUUUUUGCAAAUUCGCUUGUCGAGAUGGGCGAUUCGCUCAAGCAGAUGGCCGAUGUGAAGUACUCGCUGGAUGAUAACAUCAAGCAGAACUUCCUCGAGCCUCUGCACCAACUGCAAACCAAGGAUUUGAAGGAGGUUAUGCAUCACCGUAAAAAACUGCAAGGACGGCGUCUCGAUUUCGACUGCAAAAAGCGGCGGCAAGCAAAAGGAUCUCAAAUUACAGAUGACGAAAUUCGCAGUGCCGAGGAAAAGUUUGCUGAGUCCCUACAGCUGGCACAGGUUGGAAUGUACAAUCUGUUGGAGAAUGAUGUGGAGCAGGUUUCACAACUAGUCACAUUCGCUGAAGGGCUGCUGGACUAUCACUCGCAGUGCGCAGAUAUUCUUCGGGUACUCGUCGAAGUGUUGCACGAGAAACGAGAGGAAGCCGCCAAUCGCCCAAAAACGGAGUUCGUUCCAAAAACGCUUGCCGACUUGAACAUCGAAACACUUGGCUCCCAAGAUGGAAUGAACGGCGGUUCAUCAUCACGUCUCAAUUCACCGGUCAAUAAACCGACACAUCUGGAACUUUUGGGUAACGGUCAAGCGCAGGCGCGUUCCACCAAUGCAUCACCUUUGCCAUCACCGAUGCGUUCGCCUGCGAGAACUCCGAUGCCAGCAGCUAAGCCUACGCAACCGUGCUGUACGGCGCUGUACGACUUCGAGCCCGAGAAUCCAGGCGAGCUGGGUUUCAAGGAAAACGACGUCAUCACGCUCAUCCAGCGCGUGGAUGAAAACUGGUUCGAGGGCAGUGUAAACGGCAGAACCGGCUACUUUCCGCAGUCGUACGUGCAAGUCACCGUUCCAUUACCUUAGACGCGUGUCGUACGGGUUUAUUUUAAUCUACGCGUAAAAAUACUGUAAUUGUAAUUGCCUCCCACCCUUGUCCCGCAUCCCAUCUGGUACACUAUUAAUUACCGCUGCUGAGCUACUAUUAACUGCAACAAGCCAGAUCUACUAGCUGCACUACUAUUACUAUUACCGUUGAUAACGUCGAUGGCCAAGAGCAGAAGUAUUGCCAGACCCAUGAUGGAUGGAAUCAGUCGCUUUCGUUUCAAAAUUGUGUUCUGUAGAAUACAAAAAGACGGCUAAAUAGAUCAAGCAAAAUGGUUAUCAGUAGCAUCAUUGGAUGAACGUGUAAACGAAUAAACAGAAGAGAGCAUUAUCCUUACUUAGGACGCUAAUUUGUAUAGUUUUCCUUUCCUUUGGUUUAGAACUCUACUAUCUACUAACAGCAGCACGCUGACUAAUAAUUGCCGAAACAGGAAUGAAGCGAAAGAUUUUAUUAGGUAUAACAAAGCAACGUAUCGCAACUAAGAAAGUAUUUACAUAAGAUUUAUUGUCGUUCAGUCAGAUUGUAACAUACUAUUUAGACACUAUUAUGUUUGUCCGUGCGGUGAGAUGAUAAAGCACAUCAAUCCCUCGUCGAAGAUGUUAUUGUACGCUGCAGGAAAAUCGACGGUUCAGUUUGCUACGUUAGUUUGAACGCCUAAGCAAGAAAAUCUGUAGAGAAGAAAACUCACGCAUAUGCGACUUCUAAUUUCUAGCAGACACUACCCAAAACUGCAGCUCUAGUGGUACGAAUACUGGAUGACAUUGAAUAGUUCUAGCGAAGCUUAUUUGUUUGAUUCUAGGAACAGAUUUUAUUCAUAUUGAAGUAAAACAUUAAAGUGAGUAUAGUUGUAGGAAUGAUGCUGUAAAAGUUUGCCACAGAAGGCGUCGAAACGAUUUUAUGUUGUCUUAUUAUUAGCAGAUAUUUUAUGGUGACUGUUUUAUGUGUUCCACUCGCACUCGAUUAGCAAGAGCUUCCCUCGUGAUGGCGGAACACUUGAUGCACUUUUAUCGACUGUUAGGACUAGCAAUGAACAAUAUGUUUGACAGUCACGUACCAGGAUCUGUUCUAUCAUCGGUUAUGUCACAAUGAUAUAUGUACAGACCCCAGGAACUGUUUGCAUGGGAUCUGUCCAAUCCAGCAACGGAUUUAGUUUUGCCGAUGCUUCCUUGCAGAAAGUUUUUUUUGUGUUAGUGCGCAUUGAUAUAGAUAGGUUCGAUAGGAGUAGUUUAAACAAGUAUUACGAACAGUGUAUAUAAUUUUUAUGAUUUUGUUGAAUAAACUAAAACAGCAGUCAGUGGCUAGACGUUAGUUGUGUUUAAGUUACUUGUCAAUGUUUGGUUUAAUUAUUUUGCCUGAAAAGAAAUCCCUUUUUUCACUUGUAUCAGUUAUUCUAUUUCUUUCGAAUAUAAGGCUCCGUCGAGUGUAGGGUAUAAGGUGUAGAGACGUAUAACAUUCGUUUUAAAAAUAUAGAUAGGGUUUACUAACAAAUUUCAUUCUAUCGGUUUUUAAUUCUGAAGUUGCAAGAUAUUAUUUAAGCGAGCAGAUACAAACAAACAAAAUAACGGCAGUACGUAUACAAUGAAAAAUCACGCUCCAUUGUUUACGAAUCAAUUAUGAUUAAAAAUGCCAUUAUGAAAAUUAUUUACCCUAUCGUUACUACGGACUGCAGAUUGAAAGUAUCUGGGAGAUAAAAUUGUAUGUAUGUUUCCAUCAAUCAAACAAAUGAACAUCCAUCAAAAAUUCCAUUAUCAUUCUUCAUUACUAUUAGCGUUAAUAAACAAGCCUUUCGCAAUACUUGUGAGAAAGAAUAAUUACCAUAGUUAUUAGAUGUUUCGAGAGAUUAAGAACUUCAUCUAUAUACAAUGUUUGAACCAAACUAAUCAUGCAUAUGAACACCGAAGUCUAGAGUCUAUACACAGCAGAUCACAUCGUAUAAAUGAAUGAAAUAUUUACCUUACAUUACUAGUUGUAUGAGAAAUCAAAAGUCAUCGUGAAAGUGUAAUUCCAACCUGUCUGUUUGAAUGUUGUUUUCCUUUUCUCAAAUCAAACAAAAUUUAAUACCAACCUUACUGUUCCUGUUUACUGUUUGUCAUUUUUUCUUAUCUACUACGUGCCACUGUUUAAGAUCAAUCCUAGUAAAAAAUCGCUAUUGUUUUUCAAUUUUUGCAAUUCGAGUAAUUAUGAUACGAAUUGAAACGAAGAACGUAAACAGAAUUCCCGUCACAUGCAUUGUUAACUUUCAUAUGGAUUCAGCAACGAUUGAAAAAAAAAUAAAGUAUGAUUUGAAAAGGUUACAAUUCAAUCAGCCAGUAAACAAAGGGCAAAUCAUUACAUAAUUGUUAUAUUCGAUUUCAAGCUAAAACGUAAUUUAGAAAACGGCAAACAAACAAGUUAAUGUCACAGAAAAAUCAACAUUUAUUUUAGGAACCGCGUACACACAAACACAAAAUAAGUCUUUUAAUACCAUUAGUUGUAAUAGCAAGUAAGGAACAAGUCGAUUCGGGAGCAAAACUGAUCCCACAGAGGAAUGAUUCCGCUUGGAUGCACACUUAUUACACCGGAAAAUCCAUGCAUUGGAAUGAAAAGUUUACAGUUAAUGUUUCCUUUGAUACUUGUUAUGUUUUUGUACCUAUUUCAGUUGUAUCAGAUGCAACUAGCGAACAGAGUACAACCCCAAUCAAAAGCCAAAAAAAAAAUAUGAGAAAUAACAAUUGCCGUAAAACUAGGCAGCCGGGACAGAAAGUAUAUCAUACUAUUAUAUGCAAUAUUCUGUUAUUAGUUAAGCUUAUCAAUCGGUUUUAGUUCUUUUAAUUUUCCUAUGUGCAAAUCGAAUUGUGUAAAGUUUAAAACAAAAACAGGAUCAAGUAAACAUACAUCUAAUCACUGGCAAACGAAUGAAAAGGGAAGUAGCAAUUAUACAAUAUUAACAUAAAUUGAAAAUAUCCUAAAGGACAAUACGUAGUAUUAAAGAAUAUAAAACUUUAAACCCGAAAGUGAAUACUGAACAUAACAUAUAACAACGGACAAACGUGUACGACAUAAUCAAAAACAAAACCAAGCAAGGUCAAUGUAAACAACGCAAACCCGAGCUGUCUUCUUAGCUGUUCUGGGAUUCGGUGAAAGAGCACGGAGGGUGAGUUUCAGACAAAGCAAACAAUCGCCGAACGGACAAACGACUCGAAACGAAAGGUUUUCACAGUCCGAUUCCUGAUUUGUUGGUUGCACAAUACAAUGGUGUUAUGUUUAUCGCAGAGCAACUGUUAUCCUAUAAGACACAGACCACGUGGCAGAACCGCACAUUUGACAUUACAUACCGAUGGUAAAGGAAUCUUAACAUUAAAUCAUAAAUCGAAGAAUGAGUAACAGAAACCUAAGAUAAGAUCGUUAAUUGUGAUUCAUUGAAAGUAAUAUAAAUACAUAAGAAUAAAAUAAAGCUAACAAUGAUCGAUUCUGAACUGGAA